AUGGCCGCUCCUCAGUUCAAGACAGAAAUAUACACAGUAGACAAGCUCGUCGAAAGCGCAGGCACUAUUCUGUUCCGGCUUUUGGCUCGUGAGGUCUGCAUCCUCCACUCGGUACAACGACGUCGCAAUCUUAGCGAGGGAAGCCAAGACACAGCAAUUCGUAAAACCACCGAAGAGCUUGGAGUUCCUUGUUAUCUAUUGUCUGUCGGCCUGGUUUCCCGCGUCUGUCCCACGGUAAAGACUGGAGAUGUUCCGGAUGGACUACGACUAUUUAAAAGCACCCGCGAGCUGAUUGCAAUGCAGCAAUGGCAAAUUGCGGACGGUGAGAUGAAGCUAAUCUGGUGGUUUUUGGCUGCUGUUGAUGAGAAAGAGGUCCUCCGCCUGCAUGAGAAGCAGAAGUUUGAGGUGGAAUUUCACAGCUACGAUGAAGCCGUACAGGCAUGA